AUGUCGAAUGAAGUAGCUCAAUUGGCUCAGGCCACAGGGCUGGCCAUGCAAAAUAAGCCCGGGACAAUGCUUCCGAAGGUUUUAGAGACCGCCAUGUCAGUGUAUCGAUCAGCUGCAAAUCCGUCAACUGAGUUGGGCAGAAUAUGUUCCAAAUUGUUCAUUGAUGUACUCAAUCAUGAUGAAGUGGUAACGAGCGAAAAACCAUUUAUAUCGUCUCAGCAUUUGGCCAUAUUGUCGCAAAUGUGCCGAACUACAAAGGAUCAUGUCAUAGUUCAAAAUGCCAUAUUGGGAUUCAGUCGAUGCUACGGAUGGCUUUUCGAUCUGGUAGCCAAGACUUCCAAUAAAGAGCUUUGGGAUACUAUGGAGCAGCUCAAGGGAUUCAUUUUAUCGAAAUGGAAAACGCCUUAUCCGCUGUCAGCCAGCGAAGAUAUUCUAAAUGACCACGCCCGAUCCCUCGGAGUAAAAUUGGCUGUUGUCAAAUUUAUCUCUACAUUGGUUAUUGUGCACACACAGGGGCCUCCGGGCUCUGGAGUAGCUGCGCUCCCCGAUUCCCACCCUAUAAUCCCAUCCAAGGCCCAACUUGGGUCAGGAGCUAAAAAAUUGCUAGACUACCUGCUGAGCUAUCUCUCUGAAGAACCUAUGAUGGUCUCAAGCUUGUUUAUGGGCGUACUGAACUGUCUAGCCUUCAUUAUGAAGCAACGUUCGCAAGCCACAAGUCGUAUCCUCAAUGGUAUUUUGAGAUUUAACGUGGACAACAAAUAUCAGCAGGACGCCGAGAAAGUUUUGCAAUAUCGAUUGGCCAAAAGGUUCGUGGAACGAUGCUAUAAAGUAUUUGUUCAAUUCGGUUUGAAAUCACAGUUAAUCAAAAACUCUGGCAGCUCCUCCCAAUAUCAUGCUAAGUUGUCCAAAAUUUCUCAGACUUUACACGUUAUUGGCGAAGAGACUAAAUCCAAGGGCAUUAUGAACUUCGAACCCAAGCAAGUGGAACGAAAAAUGCCAGCACGCGAAAGAGCAAAAUACAUCGCUUACGUUAAAUCCUCGAGUCAAGCGGCUGCUGCAAAAGCUGAAACUGUUCAAACUACAUGGCUGUCCCCAGAGAUGCAAUUAUUGAAUAAUUUACAGGAAUACACCAUGACAAAAAACUCGACCACCGGGUUUUUCAAUACAUCCCCAGUCGCUAUCGAUAACACCUAUGCAUCAGCGUUUUCUCUAAUGAACAGUAAGCACUCGGAGAUAGAUAUUUCCAAACUACCACCAAAUGUAAUCGCAAAAUUAUGCACAGAAUCACUCUAUCAAAGUGACAUCAACAAGAUCAUAGCAGGAUUGUCCAUAGUAGCAGCUCGCUAUACCGAUCUCAUGAACAAGGCGCCACGUCCUGAUGUUUCAGUGAAACGUCCUCUUGAGGAUGGCAACGAUUUUACACAGCCGGCUAAAAGACAGGAAACAUCGAAAGCUUUGGAAGAUGAAGAUAUAUCUGAAGAUGAAGACAAGCAAGACUUUAUUUUGGCCCCACCUGCCCCGAUGUCUGAAGAAGAGAAAAAAGAACAUUUUGCGAGAAUCUUAACACAUAUACUUGAUGUGAGAAAAGCAGACGAGGAGGAAGACGCUUAUGACGAAGCGCCCGACAAUCUACUGCACAAAGUAAGACUAAUGAAGUGGAACAGCAAAACGUCUUGGUUGACACUGCUGACCAGAUUGGCAACUCGAGGGCUAGUUCAUAAUAGUGAAAUGAGUAAUACUGCAAGACUUGCUAUUUAUGAAUACUUUCUAGACGAUUUUGGCAAUCGUGUUGAUGUUGUAAUUGAAUGGCUAAGCGAGGAAUGGUACUUUGAGUCUUUGCAGAAUGGCAGCAGUUCUAAAGAAACGCCAAUUUACGACGAAUGGUCUUUGAAAGUCUUGGACGCUUUGGUACCGGUCUUGGAACCCUCACAUAGGCGUCUGUUUAUUAGAUUAGUGAGUGAGUUACCUCGGUUAACUCAGUCGCACAUCGAAAGAAUCAAAUCCAUAUGCCUAGACCCGCUUCGAGGCUCUCUGGGAUUUCAAUCGCUCAAAUUCAUGCUAAUGUUCAGACCUCCGGUAAAGCCAUUUAUUCAAAAAUUGUUGGUUGCCAUGCGGGACGAGGACGAAUCGGUAAAAGAAAAUUGCGACGCCAUACUGAAUAAAUUCUUUUAA